UGACAAAUUCAAUUUAACCCUUCGAGAUAUAUUAUUAUUUCUCGAAUUAACGUCUAAAUCUUUGGUGGUAAUUUGUUUAUUAUUUUAUAGUCAUCAAACCAAGAUGUAUUUGGAGAAUACACUUUCUACAUUUAUCUUAAUAGCAAUAUUCUGUCUUAUAAGCAGUCUUAAUUUUCUUAUCGCCGAUUUACCUUCAUAUAAUCGUAUUUGUUGGCUAUCUAUACAUCGUUGGAUUGCUCGAACACAAUGGUCAAAUAUGGAACGAAAAAAAUUCUUCAAUAAAUUUCCACUACGAUAUUCAAUUAAAUCACGUCUAUUUCUACAGUCGAUGACCAGAAAUCAAUUUGGUUUUACUUGUGGUCAAAUGUUUUUCAUAUCUAAAUUCAAAUAUAUUCAAUUGUUUAUCUUGAAUUUUCAUAUGGCUAUUAAAUUUUAUAAAAAAAUUUGC